CUCUCUCUCUCUCUCUCUCUCUCUCACCUCACGCGCUCCACGCACGCAGAGACGCGCACACAACCUAGCCUCCCCAGUCCCCAGUCGCUCUCCUGGCUUGCGCUCUCGCUCUCGCUCACGCUCGCUUCCCACAAUCCCACCUUCCCCAAAACCCUAGUCGCCUCUCUCACCACGCUAAACCCUACCCCGCGCCGCCCCGCACCACCCUUCCGUCGUCUUCGUCCUCCUCGUCGGCGCCAUGCCCGCACCAGUCGCUGGCUGAACUAAGCCCCUCGCUCGUCUCGUCCGAAUCCGGGCUCGUGCGUCUCGCGUUUUCGGCCGCGUCGGCGGGGAUAGGAGCCCAGCAGUCUGGUAGUCUCUGAGCGCUGCGUUCGUGGGGUGCGUCGGCGUUGGUGAUGGAGGAACCAAAUGUGGGCGGAAGUGCCGUGGCGGCGGCGGAGGUGGCCGAUCCGGCUGGCGGCGCCGGCGCCGGAGCUGGCGCGUCGCCGUGGAGGAAGGCCAUGCUGCAGCCGGCGGCGGGAGAGGCGGCGGUCAUGGGGGCCGAGUCGUGGCCCGCGCUGGAGGAGGCGAGGCAGAAGGGCGCCUCUGAGGGCCCCGUGAAGGCAGGGGCGGGCAAUGCUGCCGCCGGCGACUCGGCAAAAGGGGCGCCGGCGUCCCCUCCGCCGCCUUCAUCGCAGGGGUCUAGUCGUACAAACAAGUUUGAUGGCCAUGGAAGUCCCAACAAGAGUCACCAAGCAUACCAUAAAAAUGGGCCCAAGCGACAUUUUUCUGCUGCCAAUGGUGCACCAUCCUACCCUCCAGCGAUGCAUUAUCACCAACAUCCAGGGCAACCUAUUUUCUACCCUGUGCUCCCCAGUUCGAUGAUACUACAUGAAUAUCCUUACCGGCCUUUUGCUGUUCCGGUCCCGAAUCAUGACCGACAUGCUGGAAAAUCUGGAUAUGAGAACUCUGUGCCUCCUUUUGUUCCAGUAGAUACUCAUGCUUGGAAACCACCUGUUGGUACUCAUGGUGCUAGGCCCCAUCCUGGUCCUGAAGGCCAUGGCCAUCACACCUGGCAAAAUCCUCAGAUGUUUGGUACAAGAGAAAACACAAGUCUACCGCAAGGUGCUGGGCCAAGAACUUUUGUCAGACCAAUGGUGCCUCCUACUCUUGGGUACAUCAAUGGACCACCAUACCCUGGGCCUAUGCAUCCCAUGUAUUAUUACAUGCCCGCCGUACCUGUGGAGCCGAUGAGAGGUCCACCACGUUACAUCCAGAACCAGCCAGCUCCUUAUCCUGUUUUAUCCCCUGAAGCUGCUGAGUUAAGAUCUAAAAUACUAACUCAAGUGGAGUAUUAUUUUAGUGAUGCGAAUCUGGAGCAUGAUAAUUUCUUGAAAUCUUUAAUGGAUGAGCAUGGCUGGGUUCCAGUUUCAAAAGUCGCAGAUUUCAACAGGCUUAAGAAAAUGACCACGGAUAUACACUUGAUUGUAGAUGCAUUGUCAAUCUCAAGUCUUCUAGAAGUCCAGCAGGAUGACAAGAUUAGAAGGCGUUCUGACUGGUCAAAGUGGAUCUCUUUUUCUGGGACAACAUCUGUUGCGAGUCCAUCAUCUGCCAGUAUGGAUAGCAGUAUGGGUGAGAGGAAUACUGGUGGCUUUUCAAAUAAGGAUGGAUGUUCUGAAGAUCAAAAGAAGCAUUGUAAUUCUCAAGAUAUUAGACACAACAUAGACUAUAUUGGUAUGGAGGCAAAAGUUGCAGAGGAACAUCUAGCUGAAGACAUGCAUAGCUGUUCAUUGAAUAAGGACUUAACCGCCAUUAGUAUUGAUGAAAAGCCGAAGAGCAUUUCCGCGUUCCCUAUAAAUUCACGCAAUCAUGAAUCUUUUGUUAGAUCUGGUGAAGUUAAAGCUCAGAAAGUGAACUCAAAGAUAAAUGUACCUGUUUCUCAAAGUGGUUUCUCUAACGGUUUACCAAGUGACUUCUCUAGCUUCAAUGGUGAUCAAAGCACUUUCUUGCUUGAUGAGGAAUUGGAAUUGGAACAUGUGGACCAUUCAUGCGAUGAUCUCUAUUCACAUAAAAGGGGCGAUAACGAGGAUGAUGACUUUUUUGUUGACGACCAAGACAUUAAUAGGCUAAUAAUUGUCACGCAGGAUACUAGGUUAGAAAAGGAUGACAAAAGUUGCUCAAGUAUACCUCAGGCAUUUUCAACAGAGGAAGCGUCAAGAAUAAGCGAUGCCUUAUAUCAUUAUGAGAAACUGCACGGUCGGCACACUAAUAAUCAAAGAAGUUCCCAGGCUGAAUCUGCAGAUGUUGAUCCUAAACCACCUGGUGGUUCAAAAGGGAGCCACUCCAGUACUGUAAAUAAUGGUAUUGAAGAAACUGGACAGCCUAUUCCAUGUAGGCGGCGAAAUAGAGGAAACAGAAAAGCACACACCUCACAUAAGCAGAGAUUCUUUGCUGGUAAUUUUAUGAACAACCCCAAUAGCCAGUCUCAGUAUGACGGUGUAUCAGAAAGUCCUCCAGGCUAUUCAGUUGGAUAUUUCUAUGGGUCUACUCCAGAAAAUCACAGUUAUAAAAAUUCAAAGCUGAGUUCAUCUCCUCAUGGAAUUCCCUCUGGGAGCUCUCCUGUUGGAUCUUUGCCCAAAUCUUCUCCACAAUCUCAGCAUCUAACUUAUCAUCUUUUAGAAAAAAAUAAACUCCAGCAACAAAGGUACAAUAAGUUCAAACAUCACUGCCUUGCGGAACGUAAGAAGUUUGGUGCCGGUCGCAGUGAGCAAAUGAACUCGCUCUAUCGCUUCUGGUCAUACUAUCUGAGAGAUAAUUUUAAUGAAGAUAUGUACAAGCAUUUUAAGAAGUUUGCGCUGGAGGAUGCAGCAGCAAAUUACAGAUACGGGCUUGAGUGCCUCUUCAGAUUUUUUAGUUAUGGUUUGGAGAAAAACUUCCAACAUAAGGUAUAUGAAGAUUUUGAGAAGCUUGCACUUGAGUACUACCAUAAUGGUGAUCUUUAUGGGCUUGAAAAAUACUGGGCAUUCCAUCAUUACCGAAAUCCGGAUAGCGGUCCCAUAAAUCAGCACCCAGAGUUGGAGAGGCUCCUAAGGGAGGAGUUCCGCACUCUAGAGGACUUCAAGUCGAAGGAGAGAGAACGAGAGGGGGCAGAGAAAGAAACCGGCAGCAGUACCAGCAAUGCACCUGUGGCUGCAAGCCAUAAUAAGGCUGAGACCAAGUAGGUCCGAGCGCGGCAUGAAAUUUUGGCGGGUCAUCCCAGAAAGGAGAAAGUAGCAGUUUUUGUUUGCUGAAAACUAAGGAUUUUAGUAGACAUCUGUGCAUAUUUUGCUAUAUCCCCUGCCCAUACUUGUGGUGUGGCCGCCCAGGAAAUUUUCCUCCUUUUUUCAUUACCUUCCUGGCACCAAUGUGACAUUUGUACAUAGAUAAUAAUUUCUUGUUAAAUGGAGAGAAAAAAAUAGAGCAUGAAGUUUUAA